CAAAACAUAACUUGGGAGGAACAAGACAAGCGCGGGAACACAGAAAAAGAGACAAAAGGGGGUAAAAGACACAGUUUUGAACAAGACAAAAGGGAGAGCAAGACAAAGAAGGAAGGACUACAAAAGGGCUCAGCGACUCACAUCAGUUCUUUCAGCAAGUUCCAAGGUUCAGUAACAGGUACUUCAAUUUACGCGAUGAGUCUUGAAGUCUUCUUUGUGCUGUUUGCCAGUGUUUGCCAAGUGCAACAAGCAACAUCUUGGGGCUACAGUGGAAGUGAAGGCCCAGCAAACUGGUAUAAAAGCUAUCCAACCUGCAACAAGAGGCGCCAGUCACCGAUCCAUCUGCUAGAGUCCGAAGCAAAUUACAAGAGUUUCAGCCCUUUCCAAUUCACUGGCUAUGGCCUAACUUCAUCCUCCAACUUCCAACUAGAAAAUAAUGGACAUACUUUACAGAUGUCUUUGAAAAAUUGGAAUGGGAUGUCCGUUCGCGCUUUCGGUAAGAUUUUCAGGCCAUGGCAGAUUCAUUUUCAUUGGGGAGCAACCGACAGUGUUGGCUCGGAGCAUUCAAUGAAAUAUCAAAAUUCGCAUCUCCAUCCGGGUGAGAUGCAUUUUGUUCACGUGAAUACAGCCUACGACAAUGUGUCUGUUGCACUUACCAAAUACGAUGGCUUGAUGGUAUUCGGUACGGUUAUGGAGAUCGAUCCAAACGGCAAAAAUAACUCGUUUAUUAGCAAGCUGACUCCUUUCUUGUCGAAUAUCACCCUGGGAAAAACAAAAGUGGAAAUACAGCCAUUUCCUUUGAACGAUGCGUUCAUGGUCCCCAACAACACCUUCUACCAUUACAAUGGAUCCCUUACAACUCCACCUUGUAGUGAAGCGGUUCAGUGGGUUGUCUUUACAAAGGAAAUUACUAUCUCCCAUGCACAGAUGACGGAUUUCAGAAAGCUGCUUCACCAUAAAACCAUGAAGCCGGCAAAUGAAACGGAAUACCUUAGCAACAAUUAUCGUCCUAUUCAACAAAGAAACGGUCGAACCAUCUACCGCUCUUUCAAACAAAGCCCAAGUAGCGCAGUCUCGAUUCAGUUAUCAUUCUGCGCGUUGAUGGUAAUCUUAGCCUCGUUUCUCUACCUAAAGAUGGAAUGAUGUUGCUGCAGGAGAUAGGAAAAGAGCAAUGGAAGACAUGAAAUUAAACUUUAAUCGACAUGAGGCGUUGUGUAAAAUUCGUUUUCAUACCUUUAGAAGUGUAUCAUGGUAAUUAAUAUCACUUUUUUCAUUUUUUUAAUCUUAUAUUUGUUAGCUUUUGCCAUUAUUUUGAUAACAUUCAGUUUGUAUAUCUCUCAUUAUUGUUUAACGAUAAACUCGAUAAUCUU